CUUCUACCGCUCCUCGUGCUGUUGGCGGUGGCCUUGGGUGCACAGGAUGGAGACCGCCUUUGCCCCCAGGGCCAAUUCCGCAUUGCCCAUAUGACCGAGUGUGCCCCUUUGCUCACAUGCGCUCAGUUGGGAACGUUGAAGGAAGAAGUGGGAAGAAGAUGAAUUAUAAGAGAUAAUUGGUCCUUCUUAGGUUGGCAAGCUAAUCGGAGUUGGAGGUGUGAAGGCGGUGUACAACGCAACCUGGCAAGACUUGCCAGUGGCUCUCUCCAUCCUGAACAACCGUCGCUUUGCUGCUGACUUUGCCGAAGGCCAGCGCAUGCAGCUGCUAUACUCGGGGUUGCCUCACUUUAUCCAGGUUGUGGGGAUGUGUGAAAAGCCAGCUCUCACCCUGACCGAGCUGCACCCUUUUGGAAGUCUGGCUAAUCUGAGCGACUCUCUUCGCAGAAACAACAUUGAUGAUGAUGUCCGCCUCAGGUUGCGGCUGUGCCGAGACUGGGCUAAUGUACUCAGGGUCCUCCACGGCGAGGGACCCAUGAAGGAGCGGCGACUGAUGUGUGACUCAAACUCAGUGUCCAAGCUGCUGUCUCAGGUUUUGCUAUCCGACGACCUUGGCGCUGUCCUGACUGACAUGGAUGCUCUUCCAGAGGUUGGUCCAGGAGGGGUGGUGUGUGGAGGCUCUAAAGGACCAGCACCCGAUGGUGAACUCCUUGCUCCUGAGCAGCGCUGGCCUUUUGCAGACCUGAGUUAUGUCCCUGCCCUGAUGCCUGGCUACACAGAAAAGGCGGACAUCUGGAAAGCAAGCAUUAUGUGCGAGCAGCUGCUCGGAGAUCAAAACCUUCCUGGAGCGGCCUGGGCAAAGUACCGCCUCCACGGUCUGCACAGACGCUGCCGCCUCCAACCGCCCACCCUGAGACCGUGCGCCUCCCAACUGCGGGCAGAGUAUGAUGCUGCCCUUGCAGAACUUAACAGGGAUGAACUUUGACGCAAAAAGUGCCAGAAGAAUGAAAAUUUGUGUGCGUGAAUGGAGAAAAACUUUGCUACUGUGUUGCAUUAAUGACCCAAUUCUUCAUGGUGCCAUUUUAGAUUCUAGAAUCUUGGCAGUCGCACCCUUAGAAACUAUUAAUGAUGGCCUUCAACAUAUCAAGAGAGGCUAUGGUUAAUUUUUAACCAUCAAAGUGAGCAUCUAUAAGCUAAAUUGCAAAAGGACAAUAGAAAAUAAUUCAAUAUUGAAAAAACAAAUUUUUUUUAUUUAUUAAAAUAUAAUAAUCCAAAAUGAAAAAUUCCGAGGCAUGGAACUCCUAAACAGAAUAUGGAUGAAAAAUAGUAACAAAUCAAUAAAAAUUUUAAUAACAUGGAAAAUUUAAAUUUGAGGAAUA